AUGGAUGACAAUGAAGAAAAGAAAUUAGAUGAAAAUAAGAUAUCAAAGGUAUUAUCGAGUAUACCCGAACAAUAUCAUAAAACCUCAUUUCAAGCAAGAAGAACUGCAUUAGAUUAUAUGAGAUCAUCAAAUAGAAAAGAAUUACUUAAUCAAAUUGGUGAUUGGUUAGAUGAAGUUAAUGUUGAAACUGAUAAUAUUGUUGAUGUUUACUUUCAAGGAUUCAAUAAAUCCAUUCACAAUUAUUCUAGAAUUUUAGAAUUUAUGGGUACAUCACAUGGUAAUGCUUUAUUAAUGAGUAAAGAAGUUGAAGAGACUAAUAAACUUAUCAAUUUUAAUGGUACAGGUAUAGAAAGAUUAUGGAAAAGAAAUUUAGAAUAUUAUUAUAUGAUUGAAAUUUUAGAGAAAAUGGAAGAAUUAAAAAAAGUACCAGAUUUAUUAAAUAAAUAUAUUAAAGGAAAUCAUUUUGUACAUGCAGCAAAUAUAUUAGUAAAUUCAAUAUCAACUUUAAAUGAAAGGGAUCUUGUUAAUGUUAAUGCAUUAAUGGAUCUUAGACAAAUGUUAGUUGAAAAGAAAGAAUCAUUCAAAGAUAUGUUAGUUGAGAAAUUAAAUGACCAUAUUUAUUUAAAAACUAAAUCAUCUUUAAAAGCAUUUGAAUAUGAUGAUGAAAAUAAUUUACAAUCAAAUUUUAAGAAAAUUUUAUUAUCUAACAAGAAUAGUAAUAGUAAUAAUAGUAAUAAUACUUUUAAAUCACCACUACCACCGACUACGACAUCACCAUUUAAACCACAAUUUACAGGUGCUUUUCAAACUAAAGCGAGUCAAGAAAAAGCUGAAAAAGCAGCUGCAAAUUUAUAUAAUCAAGAAAGAUUAUCACAAUCUAAUCAACCAGAAGUUUUAAAACUUGAAGAAAUUUCUAAAACUUCAAAUAGUAAAGAAGAUUUAAAUAUUGAUCCAGAACAAGAUGGAAAAUUAUUUAUGACAUUAUUAGUUGAAGCAUUGAAUGUUUUAGAAUAUUUAUCACCAGCGGUUGGUUUAAUUUUAGGUAGAAUUUCAAUUGAAUUAAAGACUGCAAUUACAAAUAGUAUAACACUUAUUACCAAUGUAUAUCAUAGUGAAGGUAGAGUUAUACCAAAGAUGCCUGGCGAAUCAUCAAAUAGUAGUAAUGGUAGUAAUGGUAGCAAUGGUGGUGGUAAUAAUAGUAUGAAUGGUAGUGGUGGUAUAAAUGGUAAUGGUUCUACAGCAUCGUCAUCAUCACCAACAUCCUCAACAUCAUCAAAUAUUGGGGCUAAUGGAUUAUCACCAAGUGUAUUAAGUAAGAAUUCACAUAUUGGUAGUGCAACAUUUAGUAAUAUCGAUGAAUAUUCAGCAGCAUUCAAUUUCUUGACUGAAACUUUCAAUAGAAAUGAUUUAUUAGCUAAUCAAACUCACAAUAUACCAUUGGUAGAUUUAUUGAAAAUGAUAUUCAAUAAAGUUAAUAUGGUUUUCAAGAAUCAUCUUCAAUUAAGUAAAAUUUUUAAUGAUGCAAUUAGAAAAAGUGAAUUAAAAAUUCGUGCAAAUAAAUUUGAUUUUAAAGAAGAAACUGAGGGUGGUGGUGGUGAUUCCGAUAAUGAUUUCGAAGGUACACCAAAACCAACUAAACUUCAAAAAUCAAAAGUUGAAAUUGCAGAUGUUUAUGAUGCAUCAUUAGUUUGGGAAAUCAUUCAAAAAGAGAUUAGAGAAAUGUUAAGAGUUCAUUUACAAGAUACAUCAAGUUUAUUAUUAAGUACAAAGAGUAGAUUAAAUCCAGAUGGUACUGAAUCAAAUAGUGGUAAGUCUCAAAGACUAUUUAGUUUUACAAAUUCAAUUGUUACUGAUAAUUGGAAUGGUUCAAUUAGUCCAAUGGUAACAACUUCACCAACUUCACCAAAUGGUACUUCAGGUGCUGAUGCUAUUGAUUCAAAUAGUGGUGGUCCUGCUGUAAUUAGUAUAUUUAAAGCUUCACAAUAUAAUGUUACACCAAUUUAUCCAAUGAUUGUCAAGUUUACUGACCAUUUAGAUAAAACCCUUAGAGAUAGAACUGGUACACCAACAACUACUAAAACCACCACCACCAUUACUACUACUACUACAAAUAGUUAUCAUAAUCAAAAUAGUAAAAAAGGUUUAUUAAGAUUAUAUAUAGAUGAUUUUGUUCAUAGAAACUUUUUACAACAUAUAAAGAAUGAUUAUAAGGAUAGAUUCGCUCAUUCAAUUGAAAGUACAGAAGCAUUCAAACCAUUGGAAAGAUAUAAAUUAGUAUUUAGAUUAAAAGAAACUAAACCAAUUUUAAAUAGUACCUUACAAAUAUUUCAAUUUGUUAUUGAACUUUUCUCUGAUAUUGUGGCUAUGAGUCAUUAUGUCGUAGAGUUUGGUGCAAUCAUUCAAGUAUCACUCUUAAGAUAUUAUGAAAAAUGUUUAAGUAAAUUCAGUCAAGAAAUAGAUCCAACAUUAACUAAUCAACUAUUGAAUACAGAUCUCUAUAAAUAUCUAUUAGCAUCAUUAGCUGUAAGUUCAAAGAAACAAGAUGUUGCUAAAUUUCAAGAUUCAAGAGAGGAAGAAUAUGAAUUUAAAUUAGAGUCUGAUUUAUUCAAUCAUCCUGAAAAACCAGUUUUAAAGAAUCAAUUAAUUUUAAAUAUUGAAAAAUUAACAAUGUUGGCCAAUAUGAGUCAUAGUUUAAAUUGGUUAGCUGAUAAAAUUGUUCAAUUAUUAAUUGUUCAAGAAGAUCAAAAAGAAAAAUAUACACAACAACAACAGCAACAACAACAACAGCAACAACAAGUUGAUUCUAUUAAAACACCAUCGAAAUUAAAUAGUGGUAUUAAUAGUGGUGGUAAUAGUACAGCAAGUAAUAAAGAAAAUAAUAGUACAACUACUGGUAGUAAUAAUUUUAUAGGUACAUUUAAUCAAAUGUCAGCAGAAUCAAUUGAAGCAUUGAAAACAAUGGAAGAACCAAUUAAGGAUAUUGCACAAAGAUUUAAAGAUUUAUCAAAACGUUGUUUAUUAGCAUUACGUAUUGAAUAUCGUAUUCAUUGUUUUUACUUUUUAGAAGGAUUUAAGAGAGCUCAAUAUAUGUGUGAAGAGGAAAGAACUGAUCCUGAUUCAUUCAUUGUUGAAUUGAAUAAAGAUUUAUCAGCAAGUGAAGAAAUGAUGUCAAUUUAUUUAACAAGUGAUAAAUGUAAUUUCUUAUUUAGUGGUAUUGCAAAAUUAAUUGGUAAAUUAUUAAUCUCGAAAUUGGUACAUGUCAAUUCAAUCAAUGAUAAUGGUGUUGCUAAACUUUGUAAAAAUGUGUUCACACUUCAACAGAAUCUUUCAAAUAUCAUUGUAAAACGUGAGAUUUUCUUUGACCGUAUUCGUCAAUUUUAUCAAGCCCUUUCCGCAGAGGAUGAAUUAUUAAAUUAUCUUUUAGAGAAAAUGAGUCAACCUUUCUUUUCUCUAGAAGAAGGUAAAAUCAUUAUUGAUUUCUUACAAAGAACAAAAAGAAUUUCUCCAAAUGCAAUUUUAACUUUAGAAGCAAAAUAUAAAAAUAUGUAA